CGACGUAGUAGCGACUCAGUCAGUCAGGGAACCAAAGUUUCCAGCCACUCAGCCAUCACGGUCUCAAACUUUUCUGAAAUGCACUCCUCACUCGGCAGCUGCGAAGGGGAUUUAAGCGGCGAUAGGAGGCCGUGAACUCGGGUGUACUUUCUGCAGGGGCUCGGUCCGACCCGGAGAGUCUGAAUAUGGGUCAGACUGCUGUGUUAGCGGUGUCUCAGCCUGCGAGCGUUGAUGGGUUGGAGAAAUCCUCAUCCCUGGCCAGCUGUGACGUGGUGGUUGACAGCGCCACAAAUACCCAGAAUGCCCCUACAUCCCGGCAGCAGCGAGGCAAGCUGUCGUCAAUAGGACAACUUUUCAAACCCUGGAAGUGGAGAAAGAAGAAGUCAAGUGACAAGUUCCAGGAUCUUUCCAAAGUUCUAGAGAGAAAAAUCUCCACCAGACAAACGAGGGAAGAGCUCAUCAAGAAAGGAGUUCUGAUUAUUGACCAAGAGGAACCAAUCAGCAGUGAAAAUCAGAAUGGCCAUGCCACAUCAAGUGUGACAUCAGAAGAGGUCAAAGUUGACAUUGAGUCUCCAGAAACGGCGCUGGAGGAGCAGGCCACCGGGCCCGCCAGCACUGAAAAGAAAACAGAGAGGUCCGCCCCUAAACCCCUCGCCCGGGGAAAGCAGGUGAGACCUCGAGAUGUGCAAAAACAAAGACAGCAAAGCGCCACUCUGCCGGCUCCUUCCAAACCUGCGGGUAGCACUGCAGCCAUCACCAAGCACAGGGAGGGUGCUCCGGGGAAUAAAAAGACUACUAAAACCGCAGGCAAGACAGGCACGUCCACUCAGGCUAAAGCUAACCCGCGGAGCACUAACACCACUAGUCGUGUGAUUGACAAAUCCACCCAGCCAAAGAAGACAGGAUCCACGGCAAAAACCGCCCCCGCCACCACCCCUCGUUCUCGUGCGUCCAAAGACGGUGGAUCAGAAACUGGGGGGACCAAUGCAAGGAACAUCCGGAAAUCAAACAGCUCUUCCUCCGUACCUCAAAAGCCCCCCGCAGAGACUCCUAGCACCCCCGGGCAGUUAAAAAGCUCGUCCUUUUCCUCAGAAACCAAGCAUGCCUCCUCUAAAGCCUCAGGCAGUAACACAGAGGGAUCUCAGGCUGCCUCUCAACCGGCUGGAGAGCCUAAAUCUGUUCCCAAAUGCUCCACUGCUGGUGAGGAGACACAAAAGGGUGUGGCCUCUGAGUCCACUGCCCAGUCUCCCCAUAUCAACGGUGCCACAGAGGACACUUCGUUCACUGAAGAAGAGAUGGGCAACAACUUACAAGGGGAGAAACGGGGGAGAACAGGAGGGGAGGGAGGAGAGGAAGAAAAGAAGACGGGAGAAACCGAGUCUGCAGUGGAUAACAGCCCCAGGUCUGCAGAGGGCCAGUCAGAAAGGACACAGGGCCUCACUGUGAACACAGAGAAAGCCGAAGUGACGGUGAUCCCCGAUCGGCCGAGAUACAGCACAACUAGCGACUCUGACUCUGACGGACCAAUCCUGUACCGCGAUGAGGAGGAAGAUGAGGAGGAAGACGAGUACACAACCAGCCCCCUGGCCAUUAAGAUCCGCCGACGAGACACCCUGAACAUCAAGCUCGGGAACAGACCCAGCCAGAGAGAGCUGGAGGAGAAAAACAUUCUGCCGCGGAGCUCUGAGAUGGAGAGAAGUGAGUUCCGCCAGAUGAUUGGCUCCAAACUAGUCAGGCGCCUGAGCCAAAGACCCAGCACAGACGAGCUGGAGCAGAGAAACAUCCUCAAGCAAAAAAAUGAAUCUGAGGAGCAAGAAGCCAGACAAGAGAUUAAAAGGAGACUCUCCAGAAAGCUGAGUGUGAGGCCUACAGUCGCAGAGCUCGUGGCCCGCAGGAUCCUGCGUUUCAACGAGUAUGUGGAGGUAACGGACGCCAAGGAUUAUGACCGGCGGGCGGACAAACCCUGGACCCGGCUUACUCCCUCCGACAAGGCUGCUAUCCGUAAGGAGCUGAACGAGUUUAAGAGCCGUGAGAUGACGGUUCAUGAAGACAGCAAACAGUUCACCAGAUUCCAUCGGCCCUAAGUGCUCUCCCUGCCAGUUGGACGUCAGCAGCACUAGCUCUCGUGCACGGCUCCCUGCAGGACAGCUCACUCUGCUUGGGGACCCUCGUCCACCUGAUGUUAUGUACUUCUGUCUUUAGUGACGGCUACAGGUGUGUCUUAAGGCCUCGGCCAUCAUGGACACCAGUGAAACAUUUGCACAUAUCUACAGUCAGAAGACCAGUAGAGUGUAUAGCGCUCGGAUUAGAUUAUUUAUUGUAGAUAGCCAAAACCUGCUAGUAUGUUUUUGUUUCACUUCAGGAUUUGUCAUGAGAAGUCCCAGGGGGGGAACUGAUGAACCUCUUAGCAGUGAAUGUGGCUUAAUUGUACUCAAUGGUUUGUGUAUUGGCCGCGGUAUGCCUUGUCACAAAGCUACCAAAUGUCCAUAUAAGGACAUCCUCACAGAGCAGGAAACGGCAGUGAUUGGGUGUUUGUGUGCUGAUGUCAGUGCCUUUGUCAUAGAUCAGAGGGAAGGAAAGGGCCUCUUGGUGCUGUAUCUGAAAUACUGCAGUUCAAUUCAUAGACAUAUUUAAAGUAUAUGGCCACUAGAGGGCAUUAUAUCAUAAGAGUUAUAGAGAGUGAGGAUGAAGAUGUGUAUAUAGAUGAAGAAUAAUCUGCGAGUGUUAUAUUUAUAAUGGCUAAAGAUGACGGGUUGCUCGGCACCUGAGGCCCUCACAGUGAAGUGCAAUGGAAAUGACUCCGGCUCUGGCCAAUGGUAAUCCCUCAGCAGUCCUCCUGAUGAUACACACUGAUCAUGUACCAUCAUAUUUAUUGUAUUGAGUAUUUUAGUGCCUGGUCACAAAGUGCUCGACUUGCUGUUGGAUCCACUUUAAGCUUUUACCUCCAAAGAAAAAGCAGACAUUUUUAAAUGUUGAUUCUUCUCAUUUCAGUGAUUUCAUCUGGCAGAUUCCCUUUGAUGGUUUUAUGAAUAGAGAAACGAUGCUCAGAGUUUCACCUCUGAAGCAAAGAACAGUCCUCUCAAAGAAGUACUUUAUUUUCCAUUUCCUCGAACAUGCUUUUGCAUUUAAGCUGUCAGCCCGCGGUAGAUACGCAGGAGAUUUCCUCACAAGUGGUCCUUUUUCAAUCUUGUCCUUACAUGCACCUUGUAUCCAGCGCUGAAGAUGUGUUUGAUUCUAUUUCAAACCAGAACAACUGUUUAACUUUGGGAAAUAGACUAGAGGUGAAACAAUCGAUACAUUUUGCAAAACUAAGUCAUUUCAGUCAGAUUUUAAGCAACGCUGCCAAGAAAUUGCUACAGAGAUUGUCGUUUAACCCUAAACGACAUCGAACUGAAUACUGGUUGGUUUUUCAGUAUUUAGCAUAUUUUUCUGAUGAUUUAUAGAUGAAAGAUUUACAUUACAUUACAAUAAGUGCAUUCGACCAAGAAGAUACAAACUAGAAGAAAACAGAAUCAUAUAAGUACA